AUGCCCAGGACAGCUAUUAAAGCCCAGUCCGUGGCCGAGUUCAUCGUAGAGUUAACCCAGAUCAGGAGCGAGAGCCUCAGACAACCUCCCGAGGCCUGGGUCCUGCACGUCGACGGAUCAGCCAACUCGAGAGGUGCUGGCGCAGGAUUGGUACUCCGAGCUCCCGACGGGCGAUCGUUCGAGCGUUCCCUUCGCUUCGGAUUCCGUGCCACUAACAACGAGGCGGAAUACGAGGCGCUUCUAGCAGGACUCAGAUUGGCCCUCAAGAUGCAGGUGGUCGCCCUCCACGUCCUCACUGACUCCCAGCUGGUGGCCGAGCAACUCAGCGGGGGAUACGAGGCCCGUGACCCAACUAUGGCGAAAUACUUGGCACAGGUAAAAAGCCUGACCGCAAAGUUCCUUCAUUUUACAUUAUCUAAUGUCCCGAGGGGAGAGAACGAGCGCGCCGACGCGCUAGCUAAGCUGGCCUCAAAGUCUGCCCCUGAAGUCGGGCCCAAGGUCGAGGAGUUACCCGCUCGCACCAUCGAGAUCGCUGCCACAGCUACGAGUAGCGCGUCCACCACCUGGGUACAAGAGCUGCUAGGCUUUAAGCGGGACGAAAUUCUCCCGCCCGACGAAGCAUCAGUUCGGCGCCUACGUCGCACACAUGCAUGGUAUACUGAGGUGGAUGGGCGGCUCUACAAGCGGUCUUUUUCCUACCCCCUCCUACGAUGCUUAGAGCCCGACGAAGCUAAGACCGUCCUGGUAGAGAUACAUGAAGGAGUCUGCGGAGAGCACAUCGGCGGACGGACCCAAGCACAUAAAGUAUUUCGCCAAGGCUACUACUGGCCGACCAUGUGUCGGGACGCAAGAACGCAUGUGCAGCGAUGUACCUCAUGUCAAGAACAUGCCCGCAUGCCACGGCUGCCCGCAGUCCCGCUAACUCUCAUCGACUGCGCAUGGCCGUUUGCGCAAUGGGGUUUAGACCUCCUCGGACCCUUCCCCCCAGCCUUAGGACAGCGGAGGUACAUCGUUGUCGGCGUAGAUUACUUCACAAAAUGGGUCGAGGCCGAACCGUUGGUGACGAUUAGCGAACGGCAAAUAGAAAAGUUCAUAUGGAAGAAUUUGAUUACUCGGUUCGGCCUCCCAAAAACCAUCAUCACGGAUAAUGGGCCCCAGUUCGCCAGUCAGAGAUUUCGAGAGUUCUGCGCAAACCAUGGAAUCCACCUGAAGUACAGCUCGGUCGCUCAUCCCCAGACAAACGGGCUGACGGAGCUGACCAACCGGUCCAUCCUAGAUGGGCUCAAAAGAAGAGUAUCCGCGGCUCGGACGGCUUGGACGGACGAACUCCCGAGCGUGCUAUGGGCGCUACGCACCACUCCGAAAACCGCAACUGGGGAGUCCCCCUACAGCCUCACGUUCGGGACUGAAACUGUACUCCCCCCCGAGGAAGCAAUCGCCACCCUCUGA